AUGGAAGUGAUUGAAGUUCUACACAUGAAUGGAGGAAUUGGAGAUGCAAGUUAUGCAAACAACUCAUUAGUUUCAGACUUGGGUUGUUCCUCUGGUCCAAACACUUUGCUAGUGGUCUCUGAGAUCAUCAAGCAAGUGCAGUUGAAAAACUAUGCCGAAAAAUGGGAAACCACUCACCAGAGUUUCAAAUAUUCUUAA